AUGAACGAGAGCUCGUCAUCGACGCCGCCCGAGGAACCCAGCAACGAGAGCCACGAUGCCGCGGCCGCAGUGCCCGUGCGCCCGUACCGCUCGCACAAGGUGCCCGCCUGCGAGCGCUGUAGGGUGCGCAAGCUGCGCUGCACCGUCGACAUCAAAGACAAGCCCUGCCUGCUGUGCCGGCUCCACAGUGCCGAGUGCAGCCGCCGCCCUGGCGCUGGGGCCGCCGCCGAGCUGAACGCCUCCUCCUCGGCCGCCAGCGCUGGCAGCCGCCGGAAUGACCCUGCCCGACGGAGAAGCCGCAGCCCCCCUGCGCCCAAGCGCCGCCGCACCACCACCGGCUCCGCCGACAGGCCGUCCCGUGUCCGCGUUUCGCCGCCUAGCCGCGCCGCCUCGGACGAUGAGUGCCCCGGUGGCAGCGGCGGCGGCGGCAGCGGCGACAGGGCCUCGUAUCGCCAUCGCAACGCCGUCCGCGAGACCGAGGAGGCCCCGCACGACUCCGAGGCCUUCGCCAUCGUCGGCCCCGAGUCGGCCGAGGACCUGCACGUGAUCGAGCAGUACAUCUCGGUCCAGAGCCAGGCCUCGGCCGUGGCGGCCGGCACGCCCGAUGCUGCCGGUGCGAGGAAGCGGCUGUUCAACCUGGUCUCGAGGGACCCGGGCAACCCCGUCGUGUCGCUGAGCGUGCCCAGGUACCGCGCCGGCUUCAGGAUGCACCGCGUCCCCGGCAUGGCCCAGCUGGAGAUCAUAGAGCAGAUCCUGGGACCCUUUACGGCUGAGUUGAUCGACGUUUACUUUCGUAAAACACACCCCGCCUUCCCGAUCCUGGACGAGAGCGCUUUCAUCAAGGCGAGAAAGACGCGGACGAUGCACUUGCUCGCGCCCACCCUGUUAUGCUGGGUCUACGCCUCGUCGCUCAUCUUCUGGGACACGUCGCCGGUUCUGCGGAAACACCCGAGGCCCGACGUCAUGUACACCCUCAAGCAGGCCGUUUCCGCAUUGCAGGAGGACUUUCACGCCGCGAGCCUGUCCACCGUCUACACGGGCGUCCUGGACCUCUCGGGCCGGCCUACCACCUCGGCCACGUACAACACCAUGCUCAACGGCCGCGUCGUGGCCAUGGCGCAUCUGCUCGGCCUCAACCGCGACCCGGAGCGCUGGGACCUGGCCGACUACGACAAGCAGUUGCGCAUCCGGCUCUGGUGGGGGACUCUGAUCCAUGACAGGUGGUCUAGCUUCGCCUACGGAGUGCCUCCCUGCAUCGGCCAGAGCCAGUACGACGUCCCGCUUCCAACCCGCGCCACUCUCGCGACACCCGAGCUGGAAUCGACGCUCGAGCGGGACCAGGCUGCACAUUGCUUUAUCGCACUGUGCAAACUAACCGAGAUCCUAGGCGACAUGUUGCCACUGCUGCACGACCUGCGCAGGUCCCCGGCCAGCAACACUUCCCGGAAACGCAGAGAUCUCGAGAGUGACCUCGAGGAGUGGGAGUCUAACCUGCCCGACUAUCUCAGGGAACACGGCCGGAACAGAGGUAGCAAAGCACCCGUGUCAGGGUCCAGUAGUUUACGUCUGGGAUUUCUCGCCAUGAAGAUGUUGCUCUGCCGCAUCAACCUCCGCGAGGUAUCGAGAUCGAACAACCCGCCGGACUCGGAGGAGAGGAGCCAUCAUCUGUCCAAGCUCCGGAAGACGGCUGAAUCGGUCGUAGACUUUAUCUGCUCACUGACGGAGCAAAAUCUGGCCGAGUGGUGGUCGUCGUAUACUGCCUACCACCUUUCGUCCGUCACCUUCCUCCUGCUAAGAUGCGCCAUCGAGUCCACGGAUGCUGGCGUCUCGGACUCGUGCCGGUCAAGCCUUGAGCGGUUACGUGUGAGGCUCCUCGAGGCAAGAGACAAGAGCGGCUGGGAGCUUGGGGACAUCUGCCUGGCGCAAACGGAGGAGUCGGUGACAAAGGUGAUCGACGCGUGCCACAACCACAACAACAGCAACAACAGCCAGGCGGGCACUCAGCCGUACAGCCCUUCUUCCCCGGCCGCGCCGUCGGUCAACUGUGGUGGCGUCGGGGUGGGUGUCCUACCUCUUGGCCUCCCACACUCCGCCGGCGUCCUGCCCCUGUCGGCCGCCUCGCUGCAGCAGGACCCGGGCAUCAUGCUCCCGGGAGGCGGCGCGGGGCCAUACGUGUUCACGCCCCAGAACCUCGGGUCCUACAACGCAGUCGAUCCCAUAGGCUAUCCAUGGGCCGACCUGUGGGACAUGUUCAAUAGCGAUGGGACUGUCCUGAACUAG